GUGCUGCCAGAUUUCUGGAGUUGCCAGAUGUAGCAGCUUUAUGUAUAUAAAAUCAACGCGCUUUAUCAAUGUUUUUCGUAAUCGGCAAUACAACAAUUAAAUGCAACAGAAUGCUAUACCCAUAGAGGCAUAAUAACAUUAACUUUUAUUUGAACGUUGCCGGCUAGCAUUUAUCAAGCUUAUACAAUUUUACAAGACAUCAUGAGCGACAGUGACUCGGAUACAACUGAGCAAGAUGCGGACAGCCAGGACUUUCAGCCGGUUUUUCUUCGUUCGCGCAGGCUUCAGCGUAUUGGUCAAUCUCAGAAUUCAGAGCCAGGUGAAUUAGAAGAGAUGGCUGAGGUGGUACCUGAGGAGCAACAGGAAGAAAUAGAACCGCCAGCGCAGCGUCGCAGUGUAGAUGUGCUACCUUUCGAUGAUGAAGAAAAUGAUGAGCCUGAAGAGGCUGAUCAGCUUGAAGCGGCGGAUGAGUCUGAUGCGGCGGAAGAGCCUGAAGUGGCGGAAGUGGUGGAAGCGGCGGAAGAGCCUGAAGUGGCGGAUGAGCCUGAAGCGGCGGAGGAGCCUGGAACUCCAGACAAUGAGGAAGAAAAUAUAGAUCAGCCAGAUGUCCCUUCAGUUGAACAGGAGGUGGUUCCUGGAGAAGAAGCUAAUGCUGAGCACCCUUCAACAUCCCGUAGAGUCGAGCAGCAAGAAAGCGACAUCAUAAAUCUUGACUCUCCAUCGCCGCCUAAGAAACGUAAACGUCUGUCCAAUGUGGCUAGCAAAGAAGUAGGCACGCCAGUAGCUAAGCCAUCCUCGAAUGAUGACGUUGAAGAUGACGGCAUGACGUGCCCCAUAUGUCUGGAGUCAUGGGAGAUGAGCGGAGAGCAUCGUUUGGUCUCCUUGCGUUGCGGCCAUCUCUUUGGUGAGUCCUGCAUACGGCGCUGGCUGAUCGAGAGUCAACGACAGUCGGCAAUUAAAGUGUGCCCACAAUGCAAGACAAAGGCUAGCAAUCGGGACAUACGCUGUCUCUAUGCGAAAAGAUUGCGAGCCAUCGACCGCACGGAAGAGCAUGAUAUGCGCAGGGAACUGGAUGCGGAACGUCGACGUACUCAAGCACUAACCACGGAGCUGGCCACAAUUAAAAUGUCGCACUCAUUGACAAUUAACAAGAUGAAUGCCCUACAGCUGGACUACGAGAGACUGCGUCAGAUUGUGCGUGCGGGUGGUGACUGUCGUGGAGCUUAUGGUGAUGCGCUGGGCAGUGGAAGUACACUGAAGAGCAUUAACCAAUUGGCCAGCCAUCGACUGUACAUGGAGAAGAACUUUGAGAUAACACGAGAGCCCGGCUGCCGCGUGCUGCUCUACUCUGUUCCACAGUCGACGUUGAUUGCCUCGCAGAAGAGUGCCCAGAAUCUGUUUCCGGGCUACGGCGUGCGUUUUAUCGAUCCGCCAAGCUUCAAACCGCUGCACUUUCUGCACACCUCGGCGUUGCUAGUGCGAGACAUUGGCUUCAGCGAGAGUCAGCGUCUGUUGACCGUGGCCAGUCGAGAGACCCGCAUCAAGACCUUCGACAUACGCACCCGCCUUUGCAGCAACAUGUUCACGGCCAAUGAUAAGCCGCUCUGGUCUUGCGGCGUAGAUCGCAACGAACGUGAACAUUUUCUCUAUGCAGGUGACCUUAGAGGUGGAGUCUAUAUAUUCGAUAUGCGCUUCCCGGAGACGAUCCUCAGUCAGUUUCAAUCUGAGGAAAACUUUAGUCCUGUGAUAAAUAUAGCUGCCGUGCCCGCGGGUAAGGUGUUCAGCAAUGGUGGCUUUCUGGUCUGCCAGCUGACCGUAGUGAAGUUUUAUGAGUAUGCCAGUGAUACGGCCGUAUCCACUCGUCUCAAUGUCGACGGACCAUUCCUUUCAAUGCAAUAUGAUGUGCUUCAGGAUACAGUGCUGUUCUCAGCACGUUCGAAUGCUCAGUAUCCGCAGUCACGCUUCAUACUCACGAAGCUGGACAAAAUUGACGGCAUACCAGUGCUGCAAGUGAAGGCAACGAUAUUUGGGUCCGCUGCCACGCCCUAUAUGACGCGACCCACACAACUAAGCGUGGAAGACAAUACGCUGGUCGUUGGUUAUUUGCAGGACAACAAGCAGCUAAUGAUGUACGAUGUACGGAGAGAGGAGCGCGUGCAAACCAUGCCGGUGAAUGAGGUCGUCUAUGACAUCUGUCCAGUGAACACGUCGGCUGGCUCCUAUUUGGCCGCCCUAACGGAUAACAAGUGUCGCAUUUAUAAGGUUAACAGCAGCAGCAGAAAUUGAGGAGAGAGCUCCCUGUUGCUGUUGGCAAGGCUGUGACAAUUCCAUGUUUUUAAACGUAAUUUGUAAUUAUUUAGUGAAUAGUAAUUAGUAAAGGGUUUAACAAUUAAGAGUCAUAUUUCAUUGUGGUUUUUUAUUUAAACAUUCUCAUGCUUGCUUUUCAGACACAAACUUUAAAUAGAAGUAUAUUCAUUUAAUCAAUAUUAUUUGUAUCACGUGAAC